GUUCAUUUGUUUUCUCAUCUCUUUGAACACUUAUUACUAAUAACUGUUACUACUUUACAAUUAGAAAAUCAAUUAGCAAUUCUUAUUAAUGAUUCUCUCAUUCAAUUUAUUAUAUUAAUUAUCAUUUGAAGGUGAACCUCAUCAAUUAAUAGAUUUAACUUUUGCUCUCUUUUUUAAUUAUGACUUUUGUAAUUGGAAAACAUUAACGGUAAUUAAACUCUUCUUCAGGUACGUCAUUAACUAUUACAAUUAACUGAAAUACCAUCGACAAUCAACUUAGACGAAAAUACUUGGAUCGAUUUAAAUGAUCUAUUUGCAUGUUAGAGUUUAAUCAAUACGAAUUGUCAAGAAAAGUGUCAAGUCUUUAACUGUAAACAAUACAAUUAAAUGAAGAGAUAUGAAAGCGAGAUAGAGAUCCUAAUGGUAAUGAAGAAUUUUUUUAAUUUAGUUGAUUGUUCAUCUUUAAGUUAACAAUUUACUUUGAGGUUUUCGUGGUCUUUUGUCGUUAAUUGAAAAUGGUCAAAGUGAAUUUCAAAGAAUUGUCAAAGAACUCGAAUGAUAAACAGUCCACUACUUGGGCAGCUUCUUAUCCAGAGAAACCUAAAUAUCGUCCAUUCAGUGUUUCUUGGUCCAACCUUAAUUAUCAUGUCGAAGCAUCAAAAGUGGACUUGGUUCUGGCCAAAAUUAGAGGUAAAACAAUACAGAACCAUCGAUAUGUUUUACAGAAUUUCAAUGGUUCCUUCAAAUCGGGCGAAAUGACCGCUCUAAUGGGUCCAAGUGGAGCUGGAAAAUCGACCCUUUUAGAAUGUAUCGCUUCCCUAAGACACAAAAAUCGAACUGGUUUAAUUCAAGUUCAUGGGCGACCUCAAGUUUCGAUAGGAUUUAUACCACAAAAGGAUCAUCUUUAUGAGCAAUUAACUGUUCGCGAAGCAAUUAACUAUGCAUCAAGGUUACAAAAUUCAAGGAUUCUUGGGGAAUCAGAGGAGAUGAGGAAAAGAUCACUUGCCGAUAAUCAAAUUAGAACUUCAAUGGAAUUAAAUAAAUCACAAGAAACUAAAUCAACCGUAGAUCAUAAAUCAAUUACUGAAGCUCUUUUAGCUGAUCUUGGGCUAUUCAUUUGUGCAGACACCCGAAUCAGUUCAAUUAGUGGUGGACAAUUGAAGAGACUCUCAAUCGGUCAAGAGCUCGUUUCUCAACCCGAUAUCCUGAUUCUUGAUGAGCCAACAUCGGGAUUGGAUUCAUCAAGUUGUUUGCAAAUGGUUGAUUUACUUUACACAUUAACUCAAAAAUCCAAACCAAUUGCAAUUCUAAUGACGAUUCAUCAACCACCGGCUCGUAUAUUUAACCUUUUCCACAAGGUUUACAUUUUAUCUAAAAUCGGUAAGGCCAUUUAUGAAGGAAGUCCAAAAAAUGUCGUGCCAACUUUGGCCUCACAUAAUAUUCAGUGUUCACAGUUUUAUAAUCCAGCCGAUUUACUUAUUGAAGUUGCUUCUGGUGAAUAUGGUCUACCUGUUAUCAACGCAAUGGCAAACGAUUUCAAUCAAACAAACCGAGGGACACUUCCUGUCUUACCUUUACUGUCCACUGAUACAUAUCUUAUGGACAAAGCACUGGUAAAGCCGAUAACGCCUUUUUGGACUCACUUUUGGAUCCUUUGGCAAAGGUUAACACUAAUUACACUUAGAGAUCCAAUGAUGUCAGGCUUGAGAAUCGCUUUUGCUUUUAAUGCCGCUCUAUCAAUAUCGCUCGUUUAUGCUGAUUUAGCGCAAGGAACAGGGUGCCCACCGAAACCACCAAAAUACGAUGACAUUUUUAACGCGAAUGGACUGAGUGACUUUCAGUUAUCAUUCGAUGAAGCAAAGAAACAAACUUUCGAAGUUGUUGCUUCGUUUUUCUUCAUAUUGUUGUACACAACUUUCGGGAACAUAAUUCCAACAGCGACGACGUACCCGUUGGAAAUUAUGGUUUUCCAGAAAGAGCGAUACAAUGGUUGGUAUUCGCCGAUGUCUUAUGCGAUGGCGAAAUUGUUUGUCGACUUGCCUUUCAUUUUCGCGACAAAUUCGAUGGUCAUGAUUAUGUUUUUUACUAUCACUGGUCAACCUCUUGACCGCUUCUGGUCAGCGUUCAUUGUUUUCUUCCUUCUCGGAUUAAUUGCUGUUUCUCAUGGCUCAUUAGUUGGAAUCAUUUUUAGAUACAAUGUCGUCGCUUCGGUUUUCACAGCUCCGAAUUCGGCUGUUCCUUUUGCUCUGUUCUCGGGGUUUUUUAUAAGAUAUGAUAAAAUGCAUCCGAUCUUUGCUUUCAUUUGUCGCAUUUGUUACUUUUAUUAUGGUUUUGUUGGUUAUGUUACUGCGAUGUUUGGUUUCUCAAGGUGUGAUGGAAGUCAAAUCGCUAAUUUGCUUAAUUCAAAACGAUUAUUUAGCAGUUAUCUUGGGAAUAUAUUCCGGGUGUCAGCUCGAACACUCGCUGGCUACGACGAUUGUGAUGCUGAAAGUAACGUUGACGAAAGCCGUUAUUUCAAUAAGACACAAACAGUUAAAAUCGUCCAAGCGCUGGUCGAUGGAAUCGGGGGAAAUUCGUCAGGAAUCGAUGAGAAUAAUAUCAAAUCAGGGCCUCUGAUUUACUACAAUUUAGAAGACAAUGAUUAUUACAUCGCAAUCGCUGGUCUAUUGAUCACAUUCAUAGUACUUCGAGUAGUUUGUAUUCUUCUCCUUAAAAGACUCGCAACAUUUAAAAAUUAACAAUCAAAUGACAAUAAACAGUCAACAGUUAAUUGAAUAGUUGAUUAAAUGACCACCAAAGUUGUGAUAGAAACAGAAAUUAAAUCAAAUGUGUAUAGAGAGAUAAUUUUUUCAAUUGUGAUUACAAUUAAGUCACCGUUUGGUUAAUUGAGAUGAAGAAUAAAAAACUCAAUUAAUUGUAUUAAUACAUUUGAAUCUUAUGAAUGAACCAGUGCAACGAUUUUCACACAAAAAUAUAGUAAAUUAAUUGAUUGUUAUUAAAUUGUUCAUCCUCUAAUUGUUAUCGCUAUUAAUUUGUUUAUCAUCUCAGAUUAAUUUAUCAAUCAAUUGUAUUAAUAAUCAUUAUCAUUAUAA